AAACAAAACAAAACAACAGAACACAGAGUUCCAGUCCUUUUCCACACAACCCUUUGGCAAGUUUCACAACGCCAGUAUACAAACGAGAAAUCAUCGAGAAAAUGUUUAGAUCCAUUUUUGGACUAAAAUUCUUUGCAAGACCUCGGCCUUCAGGAGAUAUGGACUCUUCUUCGAAGAAGUCCAAACGAAGGAGUGAGAGACCUUCAUCUCCUGAAGACCUCAACCCUCCCACCAUCUUGAGGGAGCACGGACGACGGGGUGAGAGACCUUCGUCUAGUGGAGGCACCAACCCUUCUAUCAUCAUGAAGGAGCACAGGCAAAGGGGUGAGAGCCCUUUGUCUUGUGCAGAAAACCAGCCCUCUAUCACCAGGCAGCAAGAACGAAGGGAUGUGAGCUCUUUGUUCAUCGUGGGCACCAACCCUUCUACCAUCAUGAAGGAGCACAGGCAAAAGGGUGAGAGCCCUUUGUCUUGUGCAGAAAACAAGCCCUCUACCACCAGGCAGCAAAUACGAAGGGGUGAGAGCCCUUCCUCUUCAUCCUCUGAAGACGACCAGCCUUCUUCCACCAGGCAGCGAGUACGAAGGUUUGAGAGCUCUUCGUCUUCAUCCUCUGAAGACGACCAGCCUUCUACUCCAAGGCGGAAGCAAGCAUGGAGAGGUGAGAGCCCUCCGUCUUCAUCUUCUGAAGACGACCAGCCGUCUUCCACCAGGCAGCGAGUACGAAGGUUUGAGAGCCCUUCGUCUUCAUCCUCUGAAGACGACCAGCCUUCUACUCCAAGGCGGAAGCAAGCAUGGAGAGGUGAGAGCCCUCCGUCUUUAUCUUCUGAAGACGACGAGCCUUCUUCCACCAGGCAGCGAGUACGAAGGUUUGAGAGCCCUUCGUCUUCAUCCUCUGAAGACGACCAGCCUUCUACUCCAAGGCGGCAGCAAGAAAAAAGGGCUGAGAGCCCUUCGUCUUCAUUUUCUGAAGACGACGAGCCUUCUACCACAAGGAGGCAGCAACAACGAAGUAAUUUGUACUACUUUGUAGACUUCAACCUUUCUACCACCUUUAGGCAGGAUGGAGGAAUUGGUGAGAACCAUCUGCCCUGCGUUGACAUUGACCACCCUAGCAUCUGGUGGGAGCGCGUACGAAGGGUCAACCCUUCAAACACCUUGAGGCAGGACGGAAGUGGUGACAGCCCUUCCUCUACAUUUUCAUCUUCUGAAGACGACGAGCCUUCUACCACAUGGAGUCAGCAAGAAAGAAGGGCUAAUAGCCUGAGUGCGAGAAAGGAGAGGGAGAAGAUAAAGAAGGAGAGGAAAACGUUUGGUCUGCUUUCAAGAAUAUACAUUUGGUGGCUCGAAUGGAAGAUAGACCGCAGUGCCAGGGAAAUCCAAUCAACCUGUGAGGAUGCGUGCUACCUCCAGGUUCAUGGUCACUUCAGAAAUCCAGAGAUAAUGGCCAAGAUCCAAAAAGAGCUGCUUGACCGAAGGAAUGAGCUGGCCCUUUCAUAUCGCAGACAAGUAAUUAAGUUGGAGAUGGAAGUGGGGAAGCAAAGACUGAAGGUAGAGAGGAAAAAAUAGAUAUGAAGAAGAUGGAGAAUAUCUCUGAGUUAUGCCACAACUCAGAAAGCCCAGAUAUGUUAAAUCUUCGCUACGGGCCAAUGCCAGUCAGGUCACGCAAACUCGGACUUGCUAACAUAUAUCAUUUAAGAGAAUAGGAGAGCAAUCAGAAAAAUGGCACCAAAUAGAGAGAGGUAAUUGAGGGAAACGGCAAACAUUUCAGAUUUGACAAAACUGAAGUAAAGAAAAGUAAAAUAUUCUUUUACAACAUUAGCAACCA